CAACAACGUACCACUAACGGAAAGGUACCCUCAUUGGUAUCAGCAGCUAACAUUGGUUAGCUUUAUAUUCGAGUUAUCUAGCUACGUUUUACACCACAAAACGUUUAUUUCACCAUAUAACACAUUCGAUUCAAUUUUAAGACUGGGACUACACGGCGCAGGGUCAAGAUGUCGUACAUGCUACCACAUCUCCAUAAUGGCUGGCAAGUCGACCAAGCCAUCCUGUCCGAAGAGGACCGAGUCCUUGUGAUCCGCUUUGGACACGACUGGGACCCAACAUGUAUGAAAAUGGACGAAGUUCUGUACAGCAUAGCAGAAAAGGUAAAGAACUUUGCAGUCAUCUACCUGGUGGACAUCACAGAAGUGCCUGACUUCAACAAGAUGUACGAGUUGUAUGACCCCUGCACCGUCAUGUUUUUCUUCAGGAACAAGCACAUCAUGAUUGAUUUGGGCACCGGUAACAACAACAAGAUCAACUGGACAAUGGAGGACAAGCAGGAGAUGAUAGACAUUGUGGAAACAGUGUACCGAGGAGCAAGAAAAGGACGAGGUCUGGUUGUGUCUCCCAAGGAUUAUUCCACAAAAUACAGAUACUGAUUUAUUUCCCCUUUUUUUGGAGUUUUUUCCCCCCAUUUUUUUGUGACACAGCAGAGAGACUACAAGUUACAGACGUCAUGGAGGAUCUUUUUAAAAAUGUCAAUUUUUGCAGGUGAAACAGGACAAUAUUUUUUAGCAAUGUUUUGUCUGUGUGUGUGGCUUAAUUUUCAAUUUCAACUCCUUCAGCAUCAAUUACUUUUCUUUUUUACCAUUUAUUUCUUGGUGCUUAAACUCACUGUAAACAGCCUCACGUUUAAAUGUAAUAAACACGGAUGAUAUAUUUA